GCAAAAUCCGGCCGUGAGCACUCUCAUUUCCUCUCUGCUAGUUCCUAACCCUUAAGCCUUUGGCCUUGUUUGUGUUCAAAUGGUUCAAAUCUUGAAAGCAGCCAAAGUAGGCGAAGUGGGUCGAGAAAUACGAUAGGGAACGAUAGGUUUAUAAAUGAAAAGUUGUAUUGUUUCACACGAGCUGAAUGUUAAAAACGAAAUUAAUGUACUCUUUUUAAUUAUUGCUUAUGUUUUUAAAUGUGAUCAACGUAAGUUUGUGUGAGAAAAUGAGAGGAUGUUGAAUCAUUGAGGACUUAAACAUAGUUCAGAAACAUGAACAGUUUGUCCAAAAUUGUGUUUACGAAAUUGCACUGCAUUUAAUAAUCAAGAUAAUGUCAAGAAAACCAAUUAGUCAACAUGAUGUACAACCUACGUUUACUGGAUUUUUGGAGCGUAUUAAACAGAAAAAUGCUGUACAAGCAAGUACUCCUAAAGCGUCAAGUACAAAUUUGCAUUCAAUAAUACAAAAGAAGCAUGAUUCUCCUAGUGCAGAAGAAUUGAGAGAUGAAGUUAAAACAUCAAUAAUAAGUAUUGGUAGCUCUGAUGAUUCAUGGCAUAUUGAUAAUUCAAUAAAAACUGAAGCAAAAAUGAACAAUAGCAAUACCUCAAAGGAAGAUAGUGAGGAUGAUUUUAAGAUUGAAAAAUUGAUUAGGAAUAGAACAUAUAAACAAAAACUAGGUUCAAAACUGAAAUUGCGUCAGUUGUCUGACAGUGAAGAUGAUGCAGUAAUAAAACCGAGUUUAAGUUUGAAUAGGAAGAAAAGAAGUAUUAGUAGCAAUGAAUCGAGCAUAAGCCAAACUAUUUCACAAGUUCAAGAAGAUGAAUUACGUAGUAAUGUUAUUUUGGAAACGUCAUCUGAAAGCGACAGUACUUGUAGAACAGAAACGAAAGCGAAAAGAAAAACAGAGAGUACAAUUAAAAGUCCAAGGACGCCGGUAAAGUAUACGAAAGAAAGAAAUGGAAAUAUUGUGAUAUCAGAUUCGGAUAGUACUCUGGAUUUUAAACGUAGCCCAAAAGGGACUCCUACAAAGCGAUGGAUAGGGCCAGAUUUGAAAUUAAAUUUAAAACCAUUAGGUUUAGGAAAAGAAUUGGACCCGUGGAUACAAUCUGCGAAGGAAAGACCAGUGAUGUCUCCAAUACCUGUCACAAAACACAAAUUAGAGGACAGAUGUAAAGAACUAAAGGAUUUUCAGAUGGAAAUACUAGAAAAAUUUUGCAACGCUAUCAUCCAAAUACCUAUACCAGUUUUGGAGAAAUUUCCACAAUUUAAUGAGAAAACGUUUUUGGAUUUAAGGCUUUUGUACCAGCAUGCUAAAGCGAAGACUCGUUUGGUUGAAACAAAAUUAACACGUCUGAAAUCUGAAGAGGAACAAAAUUCUGUUAACGAUAGAUUAUCAGAUAUUACCGAUAUCACUGAUACGUUUAUCAACAGACCUGAAGUCAGACAUGAAGUGACCAAUAAUUGUAAGGAUAACUCUAUUAACAGUAAAUUGUCUGAAAUCGAUGAGCGUAUAAAUUAUUCGCCAUUAAAUAAGGAAUCAGAAAUUGUAAAACAGCAGUCAAUAAUAAGUAUUUCUGAUAAUGAUAGUUUUACUAUAUCAAAUGCCAAUAUUUCUGAAUUGGAAUCUAGUUAUAUGAAAGUACAAACAGAUUCAUCACCGAUCAAUAAGAUGAAUGAUAAAAACAUUGAGACGAAGGAACAAAAAAGUAAUGCUGGUGCGCUUAGUUUAAAUUCUCCCCCAGUUCAGAAAAAAAGUGCAUUUCAAUUAAAAAGGCCGAUUAAAGCUACUGUGGAUUCUCAAAUUUCCAAACAAAUAAUAGAAACAUGGAAAAAGGAAGCAGAAUCUAAAACCAUUGGCCUUCAAUCUUCGAUAUCCUAUUUGAAUGCAAACACAAGCUCCAAUAUUACGCCAAAAAGUAAUCGAAUUACAAUAUCCAAUAUGAAGACAAAUGUAGAUUUCGAUAUCACCCCAGAAAGUAAUCAAAGUACAACAUCCAAUUUGAAGACAAAUACAAACUUCGAUAUUACGGAGAAAAGUGAAAAAAUGAACAUUUAUGAAAGUGCAUACUUUAAAUCAAAGAAAGAAGAUCAAUUUGAAAUUAAAAAUAAUUAUGGUGGCAAUUUUGAAAUUCCUGUAAGUAAGGAAAACAGAAAUAAUCACAUUGAUUGGGAUGCAAUAAGCACAUCUAAUACAGAUAAUAUUUCAUACUCCGAAGAUAUAAUCGAUUAUUUAGAAGAUAUUGAACAGCUUCCUGCAUUGAGUGAAGAGUGCAACAUAAAAACUACUGAACCAAAUACACAAGCUACAUCUAUACAAGGUAGUAAUCAUAGCGAAUCUGAUAAGGAGAACAAAAUAAAGCAGAAAAAUGUUCAAGAACCCAUUUUCACCGGCAAUUAUAAAAACGAUGGUGCUAGCAAUGAAUUCACCUCCUUAACGUACCCACAUUCACGAGAAAUGUUAAAGGUAUUUAGACAAAAAUUUGGAUUGUAU